AUGGCUCUGCACAACCUCAACCUCCUCCCCUACUUCCUCCUUCCUCUCAUUUCCCUCCUCUCCAAUCACAUCCCUCCAGCUCAAGCCCUCACUGCACCUUCAGACAUCUCAGCCCUCAAGGCCUUCAAAGCCUCAAUCAAAGCCUCCUCAAUCCCGCCAUGGUCUUGCUUGGCCUCCUGGGACUUCACCACAGACCCAUGCGCCCUCCCUCGCCGAACCCACUUCACUUGCGGAUUAACCCUGACAGGUGUCGAGACCCCGAAACCCGCGGGUAAUGGCGGAGGCGGGCUCGUGGCCGUCGAUUUGGGAUUUAACAGAAUCGAAGGGUACCCGCCAGUGAAUUUCGCGGGCUAUCCUGUGCUGUCGUCACUGUCGCUUCGUUACAACCGACUACGUGGCAGGAUCCCAUUGGAGUAUGGGCGGAAAAAGUCGUUGAAGAGGUUGUAUUUGGACGGAAACUUCCUGAUUGGACAGCCGCCGACGGGAUUGGUGACCGGCGAUGUCUCCGGUAGCUUGGGGGAUAAUUGUCUGCAG